AUGGGCAACUCAGCGUCGACUCCCGCGCCUCAGCCUACACUCUCGGAGAAGCACGCUUCGAGCACACGCGCCUCGUUCCCCUCCUCGGCCGCCGACCUCCUCUCCCAACUCUCCCUUCGCGGGUCCGCCGCUUCUCGCGCCUCGGCCAAGGUCACGUCUGAGAACCUCGCAGCCUGGGAGGGCGACUUUGCGUCGUCGCCGAAGCACAGGCUCGCUUCGACUGUCCUAUCGAAGGCCGCUUUGACGGACUCGCUGGUCAGGAGGGACGCCCAGCGCGACACGCAGCAGUUCUUCAACGUCAAGGUGAACGAGGGCGGUCUGCCAAUCACGAACCAGAAAUCUAGCGGGCGAUGCUGGCUGUUUUCAGCGACGAACUUGUUGCGCAUCGCAUUGGCGCGCAAGCUCGACCUCGACGACUUCCAGUUCAGCCAGUCGUACCUGUUCUUCUGGGACUCGCUCAGCAAGGCCAACUACUUCCUCGAGCAAAUGCUGGACCUUGCCGACUCGCCGCUCGACGAUCGCGUCGUCCAACACCUGAUGACCAUGCCGGAGAACGACGGCGGCCAGUGGUCGAUGCUCGACUCGCUCAUUACAACGUUCGGCCUCGUCCCUCAGGUGGUCUACCCCGAGUCUUUCAACAGCUCGAACACGGGCAAACUCGAUGCGCUGCUCGCCUCGCCUGUCUACCUCGUCCUGCUGCUUGACCGGCCCAGCGAGUCGAGGGAGAAAGGUACAUUCGAGGAGGCGAAGUAG